GGCCCAUUUGUGUGUGUGUGUUUUUUUUGGGUAGUUUUAAUUCCCCAAGGAGGGAUCUAGAUGUCGAUGGCUAUAGCUGAAGACUAGGUUAUUGGUAGCUCAGCGAGGUCCCUUCGAUUGGGGCUGAUUCGAUUUGAUCUCUUAUUCGCUUAUCAUGGGUAGAUUGUGCUUUCUCCAGCGCAGGGAGGUUGUGGAGACGUUGGCACCCAACAUGAACAGCGGAGAGCCUGAUUCACAAGCUGUUCCUGCAGAUAGUCCGCAUGGCAUUGAGGUCGGCGUCGAGUUCAAGCCGGUGGAGCACCCAGUGGAGCCUGUCAACCUUGAUCAACCUGUGAAAUGUCCACUUCCUGAACCAUCUAUACUUCAUGAUGGGAGGAUAUGGAAAGAAAGGAUCGCUACAGCGGGUGUGAGGGUGAUGACAGACCUGCCAGUCGUGAAGGAAGGAUCGCAGCUUGAGUCCGACAGCAGCGGAGCAAGGUCGCGAUCCGCAGUACCGAAGCGCGCCAUAUUACCCUCUGUAAGUGCCCCUGAGAAUAACAUCCUAGCUCUGCUUGAUGAAUGUGACGUGCCUGAGAGCCUGCGUCCUGCCGAAUGAGCUUCAGUAAAUUAGAUGUUGCUAGUACAACUCUAUUUUGCCUCAUGUUGUUGUGCUUGUGCAUUACUGCUUACAUGUAUUACUCCACUUCGUCAAAUGCCACGAGAUGAAUACAGCAAUGUUAGGUCUGAAUUUGGAACUGUAACAACAGAUGUUGGUGUGAAAUGUUUCUACAAAUACGGGUAAAGGCAAUGUGUACUACAUCCGUCGCAUUUGUUGAAUACAAUAAAUUUAUCACAGAAUCACUGAUAUGCUGGAUUUGGUUUUGUGUAA